AUGCAGGGAAAGUAUGAUAUCAAAUCUAUGUGGAAAAUGUCAUCAUUGGAGGAGAUGCUCAUGUGGAUGUCAGUGGCAUACUUUUUCCAUGACCAACAUUUUGCUUUGAAGAGUCUUUUUAUUCUUAUUGGCUUUGAAGAAGUCUUUUUAUUCUUAUUGGAUUUGAAGAGUCUUUUUAUUCUUAUUGGAUUUGAAGAGUCUCUUUUUAUUCUUAUGGGAUAUGAGAAAGCCAUUAAGAUUCCCCCCUCCCCUCUCUCCCCCCUUGUAAUUGCAAUGGUUGUGAGUGAUCAUAUUCUGCUGUGCAAAUCAGCUCUUAUAUUUGCUGUCACAAGAUGUCUCUUGUCCUUUGCUCAUACAGUCUCUAGUUCAAUGAGCCUAUUCUCUUUUUCCUCGGAUUCGUUAACACGUAUUUGGUUCAGAUCCUCUCCUUCUUCUGCUUCAUCGGCCAACCUGAAGAUGGUUCGGGACAGUCUCGCCCUGACCACCUUCGGGGACAUGACCGGCAGGUUGCCCGAAAGUCAUGACACGUCGUGUGCUGUGUAUUUGAACCGGUUGAGGAAGAAAAAUGAGGUGUGGGAGCUUAGCAAUUGCUGCCAUAUCUUCCACAAGCAAUGUCUCGAGAGGUGGCUUGCUUAUGAUAGUCGGUUGUCAUGUCCACUCUGUAGGGCGUCGUUGCUAGCCAUUGGCCCACUUCCGCCUUCUUCCCGUCAACCGCCACCACCCAGCUGGGCUGUCGAGCAAAUGCUUUAUUUGUUUGGUGAUGAUCUGCUUCCUUGUGAUUGA